UGAAGGGCAUCUAAUGAUGGACCGGAGGCGGAGGCAACAAGGAGAGCGCCGGUAGCUCGGAUAAACCAGGGAGUCUCACUUCCGACAGUCACCAGUUUAAGAUCGGAUCUACGUGCGACCCGAGUGAGAUUUUUACGCACAAAGUUUGAUUUUACGCACGUAUUUAAUCCUACGAAAUCUGAUUUGUUAGGGAGUUACCUCUUCCGUCGCGUUGAUUCUGGGCUUGAGGCAGUUUUAGGUGUUCAACCGAAUUUUUUCUGAGGCUGCUCCUGAUACUGUUACGCUUUUGCCUUUGAGUGUGUGUGUGAGAGAUUCAGCUGGGACAUCGAACCAUCCACCUCCCGAGGAGGUCAAAGUGGAAUGGCUAAGCUAAGGAAAUAAAACCAUCUUAAAACUGAAGCGGACCAUCUAAAGAUGCAGCAUCUGGCCACAGAGUUAAACCCAAGACUGUUCCAAAACGCAUAAGACACUCUCAGGAGUUCAGGAUGGACUAAACCAUGUUGGCGCUGCUCGGAGUUGUGCGUAAAAUCAGCCGCACAUCGGACAGGAAGUGAACUAAUUAUUAUUAAACACCAUCCCUCAUUUCCAUAUCUAGCGUGAGUUGGCUGGACGGCAGCCAAUCACCCAUCGGAGGGCAGCUAGAGUCGUAAAAGCGUUAUCCUUCCUCCAUCAUAAUUACACUGACAUGCGCAAUCUGCACACGGGCAUCAACACCAACCUCCGAUCGCUUAUUUCACCGAACCCGCUCUCACCGAAGGGUCCCAUUCGCUGCUUGUAGAUGAUCCGGCGAAAGGCAACAGCGAGGCGCACAAACAGAUCAACAUGUCCCGGCGAAAGCAAGCCAAGCCGCAGCACCUCAAGUCAGAUGAGGAGGCGACACAGACCGGACUGCUCUGCAAAAACGGGAUUUUGGAUGGCACGGAGAGGGAGGAGACUAAUGGAGAUGGCCAUAGCAGUGAGGAAACACACAUCUGUGACAAAUGCUGUGCUCAGUUCUUCACUUGGACUGAACUGUUAGAGCACCACAAAGUCUGCACUGAGGAUCCCUUGGUGCUGAUAGUGAAGGACAGUGACGGGAUGCCUGCGCCAGAGGAAUCUCCUGCCCAGCCAUCUCCAGUUCCCAGUGUAGCGUCCAGCGACUCGUCCGCGGCAGAGUCCACGGAUGCUGGCUUUGAGCUGGGAGACAUGCUGGUGAAUGACACUGACAGUCUGGAUAAUUUGGAGGAAGUGAGGGAGCAGGAUGAAGUGAUGGAGCUUGAGAACUGCCCACAGGACAAAUACACUACAACCCCUAGCCCUAAUCCUCCAGAUUCAGUCGAGUCUACUUCUUCCCAGAUGUCCGCAGCUGGCAGCUACACCAUGCCAAGUACCAACGUGACACUUGAGAUUCUUCACAGCACCAGGGUGGCUGUUGCCCAGUUCUCCCAGGGCAUCAAUAGCAAUGGUCCUGGAGGGAAGGCAGCUUCAGCAGCCAUCCCAGUGAUCCUGGAACACCUGCUAGCUCUGCAGCAACAACAGGUCCACCAGCUGCAGCUCAUUGAGCAGAUCUGUAGCCAGGUAGCUGUCAUGAACAGACAACCAACACAAGCAGCAUUAAACCCAGUGUCCAGGUCCUUGUCUUUGGCACCUAACCCUUUCCCUUCCCAAGGCAUCAUCCCUCCUCCCGUCCUGCCACUGUCAGGAACAACUCCCUCCGCCAUUAAUGGACAGGCGGCUGUUUCUUUGUCUUCUGUGCUUGAAAAGUCGCAAAGUCUGCCCUCACAAACUAUAUGUGGACAGCCCGCAUUUAAGGAUGUUACAUGUACCUCAUCCUCCUCAGAAAACUCAACCCCAUCUCUCUCCAGCUGCAACAGCAGCGUCUCCACAUUGCUGCCUCCUUACACAGGCUCACACACCAGCAGUGUUAGCAGCACUCAGACACUGAGCUCCUCCAGCCCACUCACACUGGCACAGGGCAGUCUACUCAGCUCUUCUUCUAGCCUGCCAUUUCUACCUCAGAGCCCCCCCAGCAGUGUCAUUUUCCCCAAUCCCCUGGCUAGCAUUGCCGCCACAGCUAAUGCACUUGACCCUCUUGCAGCCCUGAUGAAACACAGGAAAGGGAAACUGCCUAAUGUGCCCUUGUUCGAAACCAAGCCCAGCCCAGAGGAACCCUUCUUCAAGCAUAAAUGUAGGUUCUGUGCCAAAGUGUUUGGCAGCGACAGCGCUCUGCAGAUCCACCUGCGCUCACAUACAGGAGAGCGGCCCUUCAAAUGCAACAUCUGCGGCAAUCGCUUUUCCACAAAGGGGAACUUAAAGGUGCACUUUCAGCGGCACAAAGAGAAGUAUCCUCACAUUCAAAUGAACCCCUUCCCAGUGCCAGAAUAUCUAGACAAUGUGCCAACAAGUUCUGGGAUUCCCUAUGGAAUGUCUGUCCCUCCAGAAAAACCCGUCUCCUCGUGGCUGGAUAGCAAGCCGGUUGUAGCAACUCUGCCAGCGACUCUGGGACUUCCGCUUUCCUCUACUAUUGCUAGUAUCGGAGGCUCAAAUGACCCUGUAAGUGUAACACCAUCUGUUAAAUCUUCUUAUCAGCCAGCUCCUGGUGAAUGUGUAUCUGUGUCACCCAACCACAGAGGCAGCGAGGCUUGUUUCACUCCUGUUUUAGAGUCUCCACAGUCUAACUGUGAGAUAGAAGCCUCCAGUAUACUGAAAACAGAGGGGGUGCACCUGCCCCAAAGCUGUACCAUUAGUUUGAGACCUGGCCUUGUCACUGAAACGACUAGCACCACCAUCCCACCUGUGGCCACCACACCUGAACCCAUUUCCUCGGCAUCUCCUGUCUCCCACUCUCCUUCCCUCUCAUUAAACUCAGAAGAAACAAAGCUCUCAUCGUGUGGCCUCCUGGAUUCUAUGCAAACAUCAGAGACCUCAAAGCUUCAGCAGCUGGUGGAAAAUAUUGACAAAAAGAUUACAGAUCCCAACCAGUGUGUCCUCUGUCACCGCGUCCUCAGCUGUCAGAGUGCGCUGAAGAUGCACUAUCGCAUCCACACAGGCGAGAGACCCUUUAAAUGCAAAGUGUGCGGCAGGGCUUUCACCACCAAAGGAAACCUGAAGACUCACAUCGGCGUUCACAGAGAAAAUCCCCCCGUUCACGUGCAACACUCGUGUCCCAUUUGCCAGAAGAAGUUCACCAAUGCUGUUGUUCUUCAGCAGCAUAUCCGUAUGCACAUGGUUGGGCAGAUUUCAGACUUAGCCGCUGUGGACGGACUGCAGGAGGUGGACAGCAAUAUGCCUGUCAAUGAGAACAACUUUGACAGCCUCAGCAGCAAUGGCAAUGACCUCACUGAUGAUAUUUCAAUGGAAGAGGAUAACGAGGAAGGGGAAGAGGAAGUAGAAAAUAUGGAGGAAGGUGUAAAUCCUUCUAAACCCUUAAUCUCUGACUGUUAUUCUCCUCCCAAGUCUUUAGCAGUCGUCUCAAGUAUAGCAGCUCUGGAGAACCAAAUGAGGAUGAUUGACUCUACUGUAAGCCUAAACCAGUUAUUUGGUCCAAAACUCCUAACUAAUGGUUUUAAAGACAGCAGCCAGCUCAAUAUUGAAGGCGCGUUAUCAGAGAAAAGGGUGGAGAACUGCAGUGAAAACAGCCCACAUGUGUCCGAGUCCUCCUGUUCACCUUGUGUAUCAGCGUCUCCCUUUCAAAGCAACUCGGAAAGCAUGACGAUCAAAUCACCGGCAGUUGACAACAGCAGGCCAGAAUCCCAGGAGCCUUUGGCAGCCUCAGUGAAGAGAGAGCAAUCUGAGUCUCCCGCCUCUGCACCAGCACCUGCCCAAGAGCCGAGAGGAACACAGCCCAGCAAACUGUGUGUGAAAGAGGAGAUGCCUUAUAGUAUGUCAUUCCAGCUGAGCAGGGAGAGAGCUGUGGCUCAAAGUAUUCCCAGCCUGAUUACCAGCACUCCAUCAGGCGUGAUAAAAGCCGAGGUGAACGGUCACAGUCAACCGAGCACCCCGAUGGAAGGGCAGCACCCUCCGUUCAGCGUCCACAUCGCCCCAGCUUAUCCGUCAGUCGGCAGCCCAGGUAUGACCUCCCUGCUCGGCCCUGCGCCUCCUCGCCGGACCCCGAAGCAGCACAACUGCAACGUCUGCGGGAAGAACUUCUCAUCAGCCAGCGCCCUUCAGAUCCACGAGCGGACGCACACCGGAGAGAAACCGUUUGUCUGCUCGAUCUGUGGCAGAGCUUUCACCACAAAAGGCAAUCUGAAGGUUCAUAUGGGAACUCACAUGUGGAACAAUGCGCCAGCCAGGAGAGGCCGGCGGCUGUCGGUGGAGAACCCCAUGGCCCUGCUGGGUGGAGAGGCUGUGAAGUUUGGAGAGAUGUUUCAGAAGGACCUGGCAGCUCGAGCCAUGAAUGUAGACCCUGGAUUUUGGAACCGUUACGCGACAGCUAUCACCAACAGCCUGGCCAUGAAGAACAACGAGAUCUCGGUGAUCCAGAACAGAGGCAUCCCUCAGCUUCACCCUCUCACGGCAAGCAUGGACAGAGUGAGCACCGCAGGAGGUCCGAUUACCGGUUUAACCAAGACAGGCAUCGACCUGGGAAAUAACAGACAUUUUUCUUUGCUGAUUGAUGACAGUAAAGAAAUUGGAAUCAAUUGAAAAAAAAACAAAAAGCAAAUGUUGAUGAAAUUAUUAUGCAAGUUAUUAUGGACAUUAAAAUAUUUGUAAAACAUCUUGUUUGUCCUUAUGUAUUAUAUAUAGACUUGAAAAAUAACUUUUUAAGGCUUGACAGAGGGUUGUAGGGUAUUCACAUUCUGCUAUUUUACUUUGCAGUCAUUUGUGAUUUGUUUUUUUUUCUACACAGUAAAGAAGUUGUUCAACUCGUGCUGUAAUUGACAAUUCCUUAGAUGUAUGGUUGCUCUGAAGAAAGGAACAUAUGUUCGAUAAUCAAUAAUGCAAAGAGUCUGCUUUCUCCUCCGGACAGCUGCUACAGCGAGUGCAACACACAAAAUAUACUCACAAACAUGCACAACUAUCAACUGCAAACAUCCGUUGUCAAUGUUAUGGUGAGAAACUGUCAUUCUUACAGAACAGCUG